GCCCGCACGGGCUGGCGCGAGUAUAAGAAGGAGCGGGGCGCCGGGCCUCGGGGCUCCUGGGGUGUCCAGCCGGCGCGUGGGGGGGCCGCCCUCAGAGGCCCGAGCAUCAGCAGGAACCAUGUGGAUCCGGGUUCGUACCAUGGACGGGAAGGUGACCCGCACCGUGGACUCUCUGUCCAAGCUGACCAAAGUCGAACAGCUGAGACAUAAGGUCCAGGUGCUGUUCCACGUGGAGCCAGGCCUGCAGAGACUUUUCUACCGGGGCAAGCAGAUGGAGGACGGCCACACGCUCUUCGACUACGACGUGCGCCUGAACGACACGGUGCAGCUGCUGGUGCGGCAGAGUUUGGUGCUGCCGCGCGGCGAGCGCGAGGCCGAGCUCUCUGACUCCGACUCCGGCUGCUGCCUGGGCCAGGCCGAGUCCGACAAGGCGUCCAACAGCAGCGAGGCGGACGCCAAGGCGGGCCUGGCCGACGAGGAGGCCUGGGACGAGACAGAGCUGGGCCUGUACAAGGUGAAUGAUUACGUGGAUGCCCGGGACACCAACAUGGGCGCCUGGUUCGAGGCGCAGAUAGUCCGGGUGACCAAGAGGGGACCGUCACCCGAUGAGCCCUGUAGCUCCACUGCUAUCCCGGACGACGAGGAGGAGAUUAUCUACCACGUGAAAUAUGACGACUACCCUGAGAACGGCGUGGUGCAGAUGAAUGCCCGGGAUGUGCGGGCCCGCGCCAGACACGUCCUCCAGUGGCAGGAGCUGGAGGUGGGCCAGACGGUCAUGCUCAACUACAACCCUGACAACCCCAAGGAGCGGGGCUUCUGGUACGACGCCCAGAUCGUUCGCAAGCGGGAGACGCGGACACAGCGCGAGCUCUUCGCCAAUGUCAUGAUCGGAAGCGGUUCUCUCAAUGACUGUCGCAUCAUUUUCGUGGAUGAGGUUUUUAAGAUCGAGCGCCCGGGUGAGGGGAGUCCCCCCGUGGUAGAGAACCUCAUGAGACGCAAGAGCGGGCCUUCCUGCAAGCAGUGUAAGGAUGACGAGAGCAAGCCGUGCCGCGUGUGCGCCUGCCACCUGUGCGGGGGCAAGCAGGACCCCGACAAGCAGCUCAUGUGCGACGAGUGCGACAUGGCCUUCCACCUCUACUGUCUCAACCCGCCCCUCAGCAGCAUCCCUGACGAGGAAGAGUGGUACUGUCCCGAGUGCCGCAAUGAACCCAGCGAGGUGGUGCUGGCCGGGGAAAGGUUGAAAGAGAGUAAGAAGAAGGCGAAAAUGGCCUCAGCCACGUCCUCCUCCAAUCGGGACUGGGGCAAGGGCAUGGCCUGCGUGGGGCGUACUCGGGAAUGCACCAUCGUCCCCUCCAACCACUACGGACCCAUCCCGGGGAUCCCCGUGGGCACCAUGUGGAGGUUCCGAGUGCAGGUCAGCGAGUCGGGGGUCCACCGGCCGCACGUGGCGGGCAUCCACGGCCGGAGCAAUGACGGCGCCUACUCCUUGGUCCUGGCUGGGGGAUAUGAGGACGACGUGGACCACGGAAACUUCUUCACAUACACAGGCAGCGGUGGCCGGGACCUCUCUGGGAACAAGCGGACAGCUGAGCAGUCCUGCGACCAGAAGCUCACCAACACCAACAGGGCGCUGGCCUUGAACUGCUCAGCACCCAUCAAUGACACCAAGGGCGCCCAGGCCAAGGACUGGCGGUCGGGCAAGCCGGUGCGGGUGGUCCGCAACGUGAAGGGGGGCAAGCACAGCAAGUACGCCCCGGCCGAGGGCAACCGCUACGACGGCAUCUACAAGGUGGUGAGGUACUGGCCUGAGAAGGGAAAGUCCGGCUUCCUGGUGUGGCGCUUCCUCCUGCGGAGGGACGACGAGGAGCCAGGGCCCUGGACCAAGGAAGGGAAGGACCGGAUGAAGAAGCUGGGGCUGACCAUGCAGUACCCUGCAGGUUAUCUGGAAGCCCUGGCGCGGAAGCAGAAGCAGAAGGAAAACCGCUCGAAGGCGGCCGCUGAGGAGGCUGCCGAGGAGGCCGAGGAGUCCAUGGACGUGGAUGACCGUGCGACCCCCAAGAAAGGCAAACGGAAGAGCAAGUCGGCAGAGGGCCAGUCCAGCGCCGAGUCCCCGCCGCAGGCCACCCCGAAGAAGAGCCGCGUGGAGCCGUUCAGCCUGACGGCGCAGCAGACCCUCCUCAUCGCCGAGGACCGGAGCAACGCCAAGCUCUGGGCCGACAUCCAGGGCUCGCUGCAGGACGGCACGUUCCAGCUGUUCCUGAGUAAAGUGGAGGAGACCUUCCAGUGCAUCUGCUGCCAGGAGCUGGUGUUCCGGCCCAUCACCACCGUGUGCCAGCACAACGUCUGCAAGGACUGCUUGGAUCGCUCCUUCCGGGCGCAGGUGUUCAGCUGCCCCGCCUGCCGCUGUGACCUGGGCCGCGGCUACUCCAUGCAGGUGAACCAGGCGCUGCAGGCGGUGCUCAACCAUCUCUUCCCCGGCUACGGCAGCGGCCGGUGAUCCUCUCUCCUCCCCCCUCCUCCUCCUCCUCCUCCUCUGGCACUUGGCACAGGGGAGGCGCCUGCGACAUCAAUUUUAGCAGCUUAACUUAAGAACAAAAUGUUGUUUCCCCUCCCCUGCAACCCCCCCGCCCCCUCCCCCAAAAAGCCUUCUUGUUUGUCUGGCUGGGUUUUUUGUUGGCUUCCUGGUGCUCCCCUGACCCGCCCCCCCCCCCCCCCCCGCCACCCCAAGUCUUAUUCUCUUUUCCUCCCUGCUCCAUCUGAAAAUUUUUAGGAAUUGAAAAGAAAGAAAAGUUGAACCUCCAAAGCCCCUAGCCUGCACCAUUCCCAGACACAGCCUCCCUUUUGGCAGAUAGAAACAAAAUACCCCUGCAGACUUGUUAUUUCUGAGAUGAGAACUAGGAGGAAAAAACUCCAUGUGGUUGCAGCUGGGGGGGGGAGGUGUCUGUGCCUUUUGAGGGUCAAGUUCAAAUGCCUCCAAGCCUUCCCUUCCCCAGGGGGGCCUGACCAGUCCAUGACCCACCCCCUCCCAUGGUGUGAGGGAGGGCAUCAGCCCCGGGCAUCACCACCGCUGACUGUCUCUGAUCAGACUGGAUGGGCCAGGUUGGUGGCCGGGUGGAGUGGGGGGGGUCCCUUGGCCGGAAGUUGUGGGAAGAAGAGGAAAAUUCCAGUUUGUCCCAUGUAGAUGGGAGGGCCUACACUCCACACUGCCUCCUCAUUCAUGAGCCUCUCCCCAGGCUGGCGGAGCUGGAGGCCCCCGCCCCAGAACUACCUCUUUCAGAGCCUUCUCCAUGCAGGCCACCCCACAGUGCCCCCUGCCCUCCCCCCAACUCUGGAAGCCAUGUUCAAGUGCCUACGGUUCAGUCCGUCUCUCAAAGCACAAGGGCUUCUCUUAGCACUGCACUGUCGGUCUGCAUAGCCAGCCGCUCCGGACAACUGGUCGACCCACUUCCCCGGUGCCAGGAGCUUGUCUAGAGCCGGUCUCGGUUCUGUCGACCCAUAUCGGAAUUGAAUUUUCAACCCGCCAGUUGAGAAUUACAAAGAGGGGAUAUAUAUAUUUUUUUUAAAUAAAUGAACACUUCGGCUAAAUGAAAUUUUUUUUUUUUGUAGUUACUGUAUAUGUUACUGAGAAAGCUAUAUAACUUAGGUUGGUUUUUUGUUGUGUGUGUGGGUUAUUAUUAUUUUUUAAUUUUUGGCUAUUGUUUUGUAUUUGGGGGAUGGAUUUUUUUUUUCCUAACUUUACCAAAGUUUGCAGCUUAUACCUCAAAAGAAUAGGACUAUUUUAAAUCAUUAUCACUGCAGACAAACUGGAAAAAUAAUGGUUUUCUAACAGUUUGAGGGUGUUUUUCUUUUUCUUUUUUUUUUUUUUUGUGGAUAAUCUGUUAGGAAGAAACAAAAUCCCCUGUAGGCUUUUUGUAAAAAGUUCAAUAUUCUUGUCCAGAUUUUAGAUUUCUCAGAAUAAAUGACUUUUGCAGA